AUGGACGUUGAUGUCGAAUCACCAGCACGUAAGUACUCGUCUUGCACUUCACAAGAGCAGAAGGUUAAGAAGAAAUUUGAGGUUAGAAAGUGGACCGCCGUGGCGUUCUGGUCGUGGGAUAUCGUUGUUGAGACCUGUGCGAUUUGCAGAAACCAUCUGAUGGAGCCUUGUAUCGAAUGCCAGCCGAACUCGAUGAGUAACUCGUCAAACGAGUGUAUUGCAGCAUGGGGGUCGUGUAACCAUGCCUUCCAUAUGCACUGUAUCUCGAGAUGGUUGAAGACGCGUAACGUUUGUCCCUUGGAUAACAGAGAAUGGCAGUUCCAGAAGUACGGUAAGUAG